AAAAUGAACAAUGGAUCAGUAAAGGAUAUAUUAAAGGAUAAGAAAAAGGUUCGAUUUGUGGCUGAAAGUGCAUUCAAAUAAGUGGAUAAAGAUGGUAACUAUGAUCUGCAUCAAAACUAAUAGGAAGCGGUUAUCUUGAAAGACCAGAAUUGGAAGAAGUUAUGAACAAUGUAGCAGCUGAUUUAGGAGUUGAAGUAUGAUAAUUUAACAAUAUCAAAGCCACCCACAAGUGAAGAAAUUGAUGAAGUUUUGAAAGAAUUGGAUGAUAACGGAGAUGGAAAAUUAUCAAUUGACGAAUUCUAAGUACUCAUAGAGUAAGUUCUUGAAAUGAUGGCUAAGGUAGAAGGAUGAAAUAAAU